AUUUAUAAUUCACCUACGCGGUUUAAUAUCAACGUCCUAAAUUAGAUCGAUUGUUCAGGUCGCGAUAUAGGUUAUGCAUUGUUUCUAUUGUAGAUGCAAAUUUUGCAUCGUUGGGUUAUGAGUAAUUGUUUGUAUUCAAGAAUAAUAAACAAACUAUUAUUAUUCUUAAAUUCUCUCAACAAUUAAUUCUGCAAGUCAGCUCUGUAAAUGACGAUACUUAGAGGCCUGCUUCUUUUGUUAUGUUUGAUCAGUUGAUUUUCGUAAAGUGAUUAUGGGUAAAACCUAUUCUUUUACAUCCGAAUUAGAAAUUGGAAUAUUUGUUUCAACCGACUGAUAACGAAGACAAGACAUCAUCAACAGAAUUCAAACAUGUCUAUAACCAAUAACGUAGCUGGAAAUAUGUCUAGAACGUCACAUUUGCCUAAUCGUAAUUCUCAGAGGUCUACACUUUUAAAAGUUGUUAUUCUUGGAGAUGGAGGAGUUGGAAAAUCAUGCCUCAUGAACAGAUUUGUUUCCAAUCAUUUUGAUGAACAUAGCUUUCAUACAAUUGGAGUGGAAUUCUUGAACAAAGAUAUUGAGAUCAAUGGAGAAGCUUACACACUACAAAUAUGGGAUACUGCUGGUCAAGAACGCUUCAAAACUCUUCGAACACCUUUUUACAGAGGCUCAGAUAUUUGCUUAUUAACCUAUGCCGUCAACGACAGAACCAGUUUUAAAAAUUUAGCCUUAUGGCGAACUGAAUUCCUUUAUUAUGCCGAUGUUCAAGAGGGGUCUACAUUUCCAUUUAUCGUAGUUGGAAAUAAGGUAGAUGUUCCUGCAUCCGAGAAACAAAUUUCCACAGAAGAAGCUCGAGCUUGGUGUGUGGAAAGUGGAGAUGCUCCACUAGUAGAGACUUCAGCUAAAGAUGCUACAAAUGUCGAGGCAGCUUUCGGUGCCGCUGUGGCAGCUUGGGCUAGACUGGAAGCUCGACUAGAGCGCCCAAUUGUAGAAGAUACAGUUGACCUAUCCAAACAGCAAUCACCACAUCGCACUAGCUGCUGUAUGCCAGUUUCAACAGCAGAGUCUAACAAAGUAAUUUGAAGAGAGAUGUAUACCCGUCGAAAUCUUUCUCUACCCACCAUUGAUUGUAUCGCUUUGAAAAAAAAAUACUCGUCGUAUUGAACUACACGCGGAGAGAACACACUACUAGACUGUAGCACUCAAUUUCGGUUUUUACAAACGAACAGAUGGUGUUUCUUAAUUUUGACGUCCUUGAGAAUUUUGAUUUAAACUAACAAUGCUACUUGAUUGUGAUCAGAAGCAGCUCAUAACCCUGCACAGUAUUUGAAGUGUUUCACUUAUAUCCCACCAGCUUGUGAUGAUCUAACAAUAAUCGUUAUUUAAAGUAAGAGAUAGUUAUGGUUGUAGUCUAGCUUUGGAGCACAGUUUUGCCUUAUUAUCGCAAUGUAAUAUCGUACCUGAGGAAUGAAAUGGGGGUUAAUCGUAUAUUAGUAACAAAAACUCAUAGCCGCAAAUUCUUAUAACUUGAGAUAAGUAUUGCGGCGAUUAUGAUUUGUCAAAGAAUUUAACUGUAAAUACCACAGAUGGGCAUCGUCGUUACAGGUAACACAAAAUACAUGUGUUAUGUAGUCAGCAUUAAAAUCGAAAUUCUUUAUAUUGAAUACCAGUGAUAUUCAUCUACUAUAUUUUUUCCACCGAAUGAAUUAUAGAUCUAGUAAAAAUUUAAGGACCCAUAGACUAAAAAUAUGAAUUCAAUUUUUUUACAAUCUUCGUAAUUACUAUAGACUGUUGUUUUUAUAAAAGCGUUGAUUUCGUUUAUCGUAAAAAAGUAUUAGGAUUAAGACUCUACUUACUACCCAGUUUCGAUGCUACGAAUCCCAUGCGUUAACCCCAUUACCCUCAGAAUGUACAUUGCCUUGUAUUUUACAGCUUUCAUACGAUUUAAGAAUAUUUCAAACAAAAUGAAUAAGCUUCUCAUGAUCGACUGUACAGCUGAACAAUGAACUCUCAUUUCUAAGUCUAAAUAUCUGAAUUCUUGAGUCAAUAUUUGAUAAUUUCCGAGGAUAUUAUCCAUGUAUGAGAGUGAUAACUUUUUUUGUUGAUUAUGAUCCUGUAAUUCGUAAAUUAGCUACGGUUGUAUUUAUCUAGAUUUUUUUCGUACAGUAUGAAGAUACGUAUUAUUUGCAAGUUCCAUUUAUUUACAGAUAUUUUGAUGUUUCGAUUACCAGAUAUUGACUCGAUGUUCCGGGAUCGAUUUGUGCUGAACUUUGUGGCAGAUGUGUAUGCGGUGCUUUUGUAUAGCUGUAUGUUGAAAAUAAAUUUAUAAUAAGGAGUUAUUAUGUUAAUAUUACGAAAUAAGCAUCCAACAUUAACCAUAUCAAAGGAAAAAUAUGUAAGCUCAAAUGACGCUCGAAUAUACUGAUAUACAUACAUAUAUCAAGUUUAUUUUUACAGCGCGUUUGCAAAUGUACAAUUAUUUUCUUAAUUAGAGCUUUGUACUGCAACAAACCAAAGGUUCAACAUUACACUCUUGUGUUCCCAUUUACUUUCAUUUUAGUUCACACAUAAAUUUUUUCAAUCUCACAUCAAUAAAAGUCACAUCAGAUUUCAUAUGGUAAAGGAUAUUAUUAUUCGAACCCAUGUAUUAACCUUAAUGUGAGUUCCACUAUUGUACAAGUCAUUUCAAGAUUUUUGCUGAAGUCGUAAUCGAAUGAGGAACUAACACAGAAGUCUGUAGCUUGAUAAUUCAGCAAAAAAAUCACAUUACCACGUUCCAUAACAAAUUAUGUAAAUGUAUUGUCAAUUGGCUUGAUAUUCGUUGGUUGAUUAUUUUUUCUAUUUAAGAUUAGUUCUUCAAUUUCACCGUUCUGAAACACCUAUAUUUCGCAUUAUUGAUGUGAAUAAAAUAUCUUGAAUGUGCCGGAA